AUGGAUUUUCCGGAGAAUAUUCCCUCGGAUACUGGGAGAUUAGAGCAGAUCGUUUCUCACUUCUUCCCAAAGGCAUUGCACAUCGUCCUCGAAUCUAGAAUCCCUUCGAUGCAGUCUCGCAGUCGUACUCGUGAGCGUUUAUCGGGUCUCAAUGUCAAAAAGAGCGAUAAAUGGUUCAAUCUCGUCAUGGGAGAUCGUCCCGCAGCGUUGGAGAAGCUACAUUCUUGGCACAGGAACGUCUUGGAUUCCAUGAUCAUUGACAUCAUACUUGUUCAUCCGAUUUCAAGUGAUAAUCUGGAAGAUGAUCAUGCCAAUUCUUCUUCAACAACCGAGACUGUGAUCGAGCGUUGGGUUGUUCAAUACGAGAAUCCACUGAUCAUGUCUCCUCAGAAUUCUGAUCCUUCAACGCGUUACCAGAAGGUUUACAAGAAAUCAAUCAUUCUAUUGCGUUCUCUCUAUGCGCAGACGCGGCUUCUCCCUGCGUACCGUGUCUCCAGGCAGCUGAGCUCGUCUCUCGCCUCCUCUGGUUAUGAUAUGAUCUACAAGGUUUCCUCUUUCAGUGAUAUAUUCUCUGGUGCAGUGACUGAGACUAUGAAAGAGUUUCGUUUUGCGCAUGUUGAAGUGCCUCCUGGUCAUCUCUGCGCUUCGGUGACUUACCGGUCUGACUUAUCUGAUUUCAACCUCGGUGCUCACAUCACAUUGCCUCCAAGAAUCAUCACCGAUUACGUAGGGAGUCCUGCAACGGAUCCUAUGAGGUUUUUCCCUUCUCCAGGGAAAAGUGUUGAAGGCACAUCCUUUCCGGUUAGAGCUGGACGGCCUCCAUUGACUAGUUCAGCUGCUGAACGUCCGCAUAGCUGGAGUGGCGGCUUUCACAGACCUCCAGGUCAUUACGCAACGCCGAACCAGUCUUUCUCGCCUGCUCAUUCGCAUCAGUUUUCACCAGGGUCGUACGAUUUCAACUGGUCACGUACAGAUGGUUUUGGUGACAGUCACCAGCUUUCACCACCUUUUUCGCCAUCGGGUUCUCCUUCUACUCCAAGAUACGUUUCGGGGAGUAACAGUCCGCGGAUUAAUGUGAGGCCAGGGACUGCUCCAGUGACCAUUCCUUCUUCAGCCAAUUUGAAUAGAUACGUUUCAUCUAACUUCUCUGAGCCAAGUAGGAAUCCACUCCCUCCUUUUUCCCCGAGAAGCACGAGACGCUCCCCUUCGUCGCAGGACUCUUUGCCUGGGAUUGCAUUGUACAAGAGUUCAAGAAGCGGAGACUCUCCUUCUGGAUUAAUGAACAACUAUCCUGCUCAGAAGUUGACAAAGGACAGCAAAUACGAUUCAGGACGCUUCUCAGGACUUCUGUCUUCGAGUGGCUCACCCAGAUUCGGGUUUUCUAGGAGCCCCAGUAGAUUAUCUUCCCAAGAUGACUUGGAUGACCCUGAUUGUUCAUGCCCUUUUGAUUUUGAUGAUGUUGACGAGUCAGGACUUCAGUACAGCCAAAGUCUUGACAGGAGGAAAACUUCAAGCUCUAUAUCACAGUCGCUACCUAUAGUGAGAAAGUCGUCACAGGACGCAGCUGUUGGUGUUCUAGUUCACAUGCUGAAGACAGCACCACCGUUACGACAAGACUCAAGCACUUACAUGGCGUCAAUGUCUGGAGUCCAGAGAGAAGGGUCAGUCUCAGUAUCAGUGUCUGGUACAGAAUCUGAAUUUUCCAUGGCUCGAAGCACAUCAGAUGCACUAGAGGAGCUGAGAAACUACAAGCAGCUCAAAGACUUGCUUCUCUCUAAAUCCAAGAGUGUUGGUGGAGCAACUCGUGUCCACUGA